CAUCAUUCUAAUUCCUUGAAAAAGAAAAGGGAUGACUACUCGCCCAUUUAUACUCAGAGAGGAGUGAAGUAGUAAUGUCGAUGGGUUUCUAGCUAGCUUCAAACAAGAUAACCAGGGACUGAAUUUACAAGGGAAGAUCAAGGCAGAGGUGAUUAUGUCUCAGCUGGCACGUUCCUCUUGGAUUAAGCACAAGGGCAACCGGUUUCUCCUUCUAAUUGGACUGUGUUUACUUGUCCUCCUUCAGAGUACAACAGCAGAUUGGCUAAAUCACGGGGGAGACAUAAGCAAUCAGAGAAAUGCCAAGAGUGAAAUUAGGAUCAAUCCAGAAACAGUGAGGAAGAUGAGAUUAAGAUGGAGAUUCGAGUCAGGGUUCGACACAACAGCCACCCCGGCAGUAUUCGACGGAGUAGUAUACUUCCCUUCAUGGAAUGGUUUUCUGUUUGCGGUGAGAGAAGAAGAUGGAGAACUCAUAUGGAAGAAAAACCUUGGCAACUUAACUGGCCUAAAGCCUCCUGCAGAAGGGGCAUAUGUGAAUGUUACGGCAUCAAGAUCCACCCCAGCCAUUGCGGGAGAUCUGCUAAUAGUCGGGAUUUAUGGACCGGCUGUGGUGAUCGCUGUAAGCCGAUUCACUGGAGAACUUAUGUGGCUCACUCAGCUUGAUCAUAGACCUCAUGCCUUAGUUACGGCGUCUGGCACAUAUUUCAUGGGGUCGGUCAGUCAAAAUAUAUGUUCCUCCCGUCCUAAUUAUAAGGCACAAAUUAAUACUAAAACUAGUUUAAAUUUGUAGUUUAUAAUUAGGACCGGAGUUAGUAUGUAGUUUGUGUUAAUUUCUGUUUUUGUUAAUCUAACUAUCAAUCUAAAGUCCAAACUGCGUGGUAAGCAGAAGUAUUUGGUGAAAUUUACUUUCAAUUAGACUAAACUGCAAUAAUAAUUGUUGGAUUAGAGAUUAAAAAAUGUGAGAAUAUAGGUACUUAACAGAUGCUUUUUGACCUUUCUUCACCCUGCCAUAAAAUGAAUAUGCAUUUUGUUAUUUUGUACUAUAUCAAAAAAAGGUCAUUCUACGUGGGAGUGUCGUCAUCGGAGGAGGAUCUACCAACAGAGAGAUGCUGCACUUUCCGGGGAAGCAUGGCCAAACUAGAUGCUCGUACCGGCAGAAUUGUAUGGCAAACGUACACCGUCCCAGACAACGACGGCAAAUUAGGAGGCUUUUCAGGGGCGCCAAUAUGGGGAAGCAGCCCGGCUAUCGACAUUAAGAGGCGACUCGUUUAUGUAGCCACUGGCAAUCUCUACACUGCACCACAACAAGUCCUUGACUGUCAAAAAGCACAAAAUAAUCAGACCGCACCUACUCAUGAGUGCGUCCCAUCAGAUGUGCAUUUCAAUUCCAUCAUGGCUUUUGAUCUAAAAUCUGGGGAGAUUAGAUGGUCCAAGCGUUUGGGAGGCUAUGAUAUUUAUACUAGUGCUUGCUUUGAUCCAAGCAACCCUGAUUGUCCCCCUGGUCCUAAUCCUGAUGCCGAUUUCGGGGAGGCACCCAUGCUUCUCACCAUCCAUUUCAAUGGGAGCCUGCGCGACGUUGCCGUGGCUGUGCAAAAGAGUGGCUUUGCUUGGGCACUAGAUCGUGACAAUGGUGAUAUUGUCUGGUUUAGAAAGGCAGGACCGGGUGGUUUCGGUGGAGGAGGAACCUGGGGUGCGGCCACGGACGGGAAACGUGUUUACACCAACAUUGCCAACAAUAACCGACUGCCUUUCAUACUUGCACCUUCUAAUCGUACCACAACCGCCGGCGGAUGGGUGGCCAUGGACGCCGACACCGGCCACAUCCUGUGGACCACCGCCAAUCCCAAGAACGACUCCUGCAACGGCCCUGUUACCAUUGUCAACGGGGUUCUUUUCGCGGGUUCAGUCGCAUCCGAUGGUCCAUUCUAUGCAAUGGACGCUGAAACGGGGAGAAUCUUGUGGAGUUACAACACUGGUGCUACCAUUUAUGGGGGCGCUUCCGCUAGCUGUGGUUGUGUGUUCGUUGGAAAUGGCUAUUCCGUUGGGGUUGCCACUCUGGCUCCAACUUGGACCAGCGGAAAUUCAGUUUUCGCUUUCUGUGUCAUUUAAUUUCAAAAUUUGUGUAGCUUUUGCAAUCAGCAAGAAUCAUAUGGAGGUGAUGAUAUAUAAUCGCCAGAAUUCAACCUUGGCUGACUGUACAAUUGUCAUUAGUAAUGUAGAAGCCUCUAUUUUGCCAAAAUUUUAUGAUACCAAAAAAAAUAAUAUGAACAUUCC